CUGAACAUAACGCAGUGAAUGGCAAAUGUAUGCACUAUAUAAACUAUCAAUCGUGCAGUGUUGUCACUAACUUAAUGCUAAACGUCCGAAUGUAUGCGGUGCAACGCGCCAAGGGCAGUUUUUUGGCACAGUGUGUGUUUUUGCGUAAUAAUUAAUUGGGUAUCAAAUUGGUUGAUAACAUUUUCUUCACCCUCUAUCUUGGUCUAUUAUCGCGAAACACGCAGGUUAAUCGAUGCACGCGCAAAGUAAUUACAGCAAUUACGCGCCAAUUUCCUUUCCGAACACAGUGCGCGCGAUAAUCGUUCACCUGCUAACGAUACCACAAUAGGCUACCACAUCUACUGUAGCUGUCAGUCGACGCAUUUGGACGUUGAAAAUAUCAGGUGUAGUCAACGAGGACCUCAACUUCCACUCAAAUGUCUGGGAAGAAAACAGACUUUGCUUUUUAUGACGUCAUCUGAAGAAAGACUCCUCCAACGGAAGCGUUAUCUGAAAGUGUGUCCGCUUCGGAAGUUUGUGUGAACGUCGUCAGUAUGUUUGUGUAUCUGCUGGUGCAAUCGAAAUCAGCGCAACUUCAAGUAGCACGAGGGGCUGUUUUAUCAUUUGAUCCAGUUAUUUGCAAAUUAAAGUAAACUUUAACCACUGGACACUGGCCGAGGACGCUCCCGCUGGACUAUAACCUAUAGGUUGUUUUAACCGAGGCUAAUAUAGUUGGAGUCUUCAAGAAAAGGCUGCGUCUCUGUCACUUUUUCUCCUCAGCAGAGUCUCCGCGCAGCCCCCGCUCUGUGUGGCACAUUCAACACGGAGUCAAUCUUACCUAAAACAUGUCCACCAAAUUGUUCCUCUACUUCUUACUUCUUUCAGUGUUUCGUGUAUGUUCUCAAACAGCCGCUUCUGAGGAUGACGAGUACGACGACGUUACUGUGAAUCAAAUGUUGGCCCCCAAAACCCACGAGACGGACGCAACGCAAAUACUAAACAACUUACUAAAGGAAUACGACAAAAAACUUCGCCCAGAUAUUGGAGUUAAACCGACAGUCAUUGAUGUUGAUAUCUACGUAAACAGCAUUGGACCUGUGUCAUCAAUAAAUAUGGAGUACCAAAUUGACAUCAUUUUUGCCCAGACGUGGACAGACAGCCGACUCAGAUACAACAGCACUAUGAAAAUACUGACUUUGAACAGUAAUAUGGUUGGACUCAUUUGGCUACCAGAUACAAUCUUCAGAAAUUCCAAAAGUGCAGACUCACAUUGGAUUACCACACCCAAUCAGCUACUAAGAAUAUGGAAUGAUGGAAAAAUCCUUUACACUUUAAGAUUGACCAUUAAUGCAGAAUGCCAGCUUCAGCUUCAUAACUUUCCUAUGGAUGAACACUCGUGUCCCCUCAUCUUCUCUAGUUAUGGAUACCCGCGAGAUGAAAUGAUUUACAAGUGGAGAAGGAACUCGGUCCAGGCUGCCGAUCAGAAGUCAUGGAGACUGUAUCAGUUUGACUUCAUGGGCCUGAGGAACACCACGGAUGUUAUUCAGACAACGGCAGGUGAUUAUGUUGUGAUGACUGUAUAUUUCGACCUGAGCAGACGAAUGGGAUACUUCACAAUUCAGACAUAUAUCCCAUGCAUCCUCACUGUGGUUUUGUCUUGGGUCUCGUUUUGGAUCAAAAAAGAUGCAACUCCAGCCAGAACAGCACUAGGUACAGUAAAUUCACAGUGUUUUCCUGGUUUGAUUAAAUCCUUGUCCUGUCCUGGUAAAUGUCGCUUUUGUCAAGGAAUAACAACAGUAUUAACCAUGACAACGCUCAGCACAGUGGCAAGGACAUCACUACCCAGGGUCUCGUACGUCACGGCGAUGGACCUUUUCGUUACUGUCUGUUUCCUUUUUGUUUUUGCGGCUCUAAUGGAGUAUGCCACGCUAAAUUAUUACUCCUACAGCGCUAGAAGGCCGACCUGCAACAAGACGAAACGUCCGAACUAUUCGGUGCUGGAUGUGGGUCCUCCACCAACCGUGAUUACUCUCAACAACUCCAUGUACUGGCAGGAGUUCGAUGACGCCUGCGUGUACGAGUGCUUGGACGGAAAAGACUGCCAGAGUUUUUUCUGUUGCUACGAAGAGUGCAAAGACGGGUCGUGGAGAAAAGGCCGCGUGCAUAUGGACAUUUUGGAACUGGAUGCGUACUCGCGGGUCUUCUUUCCCACCUCUUUCCUAUUGUUCAAUAUCGUCUACUGGGUAGGCUACUUGUAUCUUUAGCGGCCCCGCACACCUCACAACGCAAAGACCUUAACCUGUUGGUUUCGUCCGAGCAGAAACUAAGAGCGGACUGAACUGAGCCUUCUCAAGGUACGUUUAAAACAAGCAGAUACCGGAGCAGAGCUGUGGUCGGUCGAGGACCUUCUUGAAAAAUGAGAAAUAACCCUUAAAGCCAGGCUGUUGGGGAAAUAUAUCGCCACAGUCUCUUUAUCCGGUUGCGUUUCUCUGGCAGAAAUCUUUGCCUUUUGUUCUUCAGGUACCAGGAAAAGUUUCUCUCACACUAUCUCAUCUUUUUAUGCGUGAGAGAUAGCAACUGUUAGAAGUCGAGGUGCGAUAAUCCUUGGGCCAAGAAAAAAUGCCUUGCGACGCAUGUGACCCUCUGACUUUUGGUGUCUCAUACAAUCCCGGUAGAUUGUCCACAUGAGUGACAUGAGUCUGUCAUCUGGCCGUCAGUCAAAACCAGACUGCUUUUACGUAAGCAGAGCUUUCAGAGCCAUCUAUAGUGCCUUCAACUGGAGGAGAAGCCAUCGGGCAGAGAAAUCUAUGACAUGAUGGCAGGAGCAUUAUCUGGUGUUGACUGACCGCUGGUGGUUUUAUUUUAGUUCGAGUUUAUUUGCUUGUAAACACAGCCACACAUUAUUUUGAUGCAUAUAACAUUUCGACAUUCAUUGUCACUGCAUGUUAUAUGAUAGAAUUAAGGGUAACACUUUACAGUAAGGUUGUAUUUGUUUAUAUAAGGUAAUGCAUUAACUAACAAUGACAAUACUUUUACAGCAGGUAUACAUUUUUAAAAUCAAAAGUUGAAUUUUUUUACAUUAUUAAUGCACAAUGAACUAACAUGAGCAAUUGCAUUGGCAUUAAAGGGAUAGUUCACCCAAAAAUGAAAAUUAUUUGAUCAUUUUCUCAAUCUCAUGUUGUUACAAACCUGUAUACAUUUCUUUGUCUUGAUAAACAUUAAGGAAGAUAUUUUGAGGAAUGUUUGUAACCAAACCAAUCAUGAUCCCCAUUUACUUCCAUAGUAGAAAAAUAGGGUAACACUUUACUUGAAGGGGUGUUUAUAAAACUGACAUGACACCUUCAUAACCAUGACAUGACACGUACUUUAUUGUACGGUUUUCAUUUAAUUUUUAGGUGAAUCUGUCUCCAAAUGCAAUAAAAUAUAAUUUUAUCAAUUUUAAUUAUGAUGAUGAUGAUGAUUAUUAUUCAUUUUAUUUCUUAAACCUGGAGGAAACUUUAAAAAAACAUUAUGAGCUGAAUGCAUGAUGCUGUUAUAAAACGAUUUGACUAUUUGAGUAUUAACACUUAAUGACAUUUUAUGACAAAUUAUAUUUGUGCCACUUUAGUUGAGGUCAAGAAAAAUAUUCAUGACACUGUUAUAAAACUAUUUGACAUAGUUUUAACACUUAAUGACAUUUUUAAUGACAAAUUUAAUUUGAUUCACUGGUAAAAAGUGGUCACUUAUAUUGCCUUGGUAAUGUCAAGUUGUCAUAACAAGUUAUGAAGUAUUGGUUUAUGUCAAGUUUUCAUAACAAAGACAUCUCAAACAAUGUCAUCUUUGCAUUAAAAAUGACAUAAUUAAGCGAAUGACACAUAUGACGAAUGACACAUAAAAUUUCCUUCAUGUUCAUGACACAUGUCGUGCAUGAUUAUGAAGGUGUCGUGUCAGUCUUAUGAACACCCAUUCAAGUAAAGUGUGGCCAAAAAUAGUACUAUGGAAGUAAUGGGGCUCAUGAAUGAUUUGGUUACAAUCAUUCCUCAAGAUAUCUUCCUUUGUGUUCAUCAGAACAAAGAAAUGUAUACAGGUUUGUAACAACAUUAGAAGGGGUAAAUAAUGACAGAAUUUUCAUUUUUGGGUGAACGAUCCCUUUAACAAGUACAACUUUACUGUAAAAUGUUACUAGUUAAAUCCUACCCUCAAUCAGCACAAUAAUGUAACAGACCCUCUUUGGAAUAUAAAUUAUUAUGUACAGUAUAUUGCAAAAGUUAUAUUUCUAGAUUUUUAUAGCAUAAUUUUCCACGCAAAAGAGAGGGUUAAUAAAGAUUUAAUUAAUAUAGUAUAUUCAAUUAUUUUGCUAUUAAAUCUGUUAUAUAAUUACUUCCAAAUUCAAUAUAUUGAUUAAUUAUAUUAUUGGUUUUGACCUGCUUAAAUUACUUAGCAUUAGUAAAAAAAUGCAUGUAUAGGAUCGUAAGAAUCUCUCCCUAUAGUACAGCCCAAUAUGGCAUUAUAUUCGUAUCAAUUAUAGCGAAAUUAGCACGUCCCAGACAUAAAGGAACACUUCACUUUUUUUGAAAAUAUGCUCAUUUUACAGCUCCACUAGAGUUAAACAUUUGAUUUUUACCAUUUUAAAAUCCAUUCAGCUGAUCUGAUCUGGCGGUAAUACAAAAGUAUUAAAAGUUGCAAUUUUCUAGGCAGAUAUGGCUAGG